UGUGUGUGUGUGUGUGUGUUUGUGUGUUGCUUUUUGCCUUCAUCAUGUUUUCUGUGUAUUUUCGUCAACGUCGGCGUGUGUGUCUUGUGUAAAUUGCACGGUUUCAUCCCUAUAUCUGGCAGCCUAACCCUUAUUCUUACUGUUACUCGUACUAGCCUCCCUCCGUAGUUUAAAUAAGUAAACUAUGCUGAUGUACAGUAUUUUGCUGCCAUGUCAGUAACUGCAUAGCUGAGUGCCUCUGCACGACAUACCCGCUUUCUUUCUCGACCAGAAACAAAAAUUAAAUAUUUUAAAUAAGUUUAAAUAAUACAUAUUUAAGACUCAAACUCACGUAAUUCCAUGUUGCUGUUGAAUUUUUGUUUUUAAUUCUGACGCAUAAUUAUUGAUAUUGCGACAGCGGCCUGAGGGGAAAUAAAUUUAAGGUGAGUGUGACCAACUUUAAUCGAAAUGUCAUUUUAUAGUGUAUGCGUCAUUUGCUUUUUUUUUCCCCAAGUGUGUAUCCACAAACAGUAAUCAUUAAUCGCUUUCCAGUCAUAUUUUAAUUUUCAACUUCCCGCGGAGCAACUUGUUUACCUCUUACAUAGUUAAACGUGACGUCAUGACACACCCCUAUUUCAGAGGGGGCGUUGUCUCGAAGUUUCGAACAGGCAAUCGGUUUGACCAAAGAGAGCGCCACUGUCAGACAGCUAGACCAAUGACAACGGAGGACACUCUGACAGCCCCGCUGUCAUUGGUUGUUGCACCACGUCGCAACGCGAAAUCUGUGUAUAAGCCAAUGUCUGGGGCGGGGUGAGGCAGAAGCGAUGUUUGACAAUUUAGGGGGUUGGUCGGGAAAAAGAAUAAAUAAAUAAAAAAAAAAAAAAAAAAGGAUUUCAUCAGGACUAGUCGCCCAGCGCAGCGGAUCGGGCCCGUGCAGCGCUCAAGAGCUGAGCUGAGCUGAGCGGUGCGGUUGUCCGGUCUCCUCUCUGUCUUCUCUCCUGUCCUGUCCGAACGGUGAUGGUUUAUCAGUGAUGGAGACCACAGCAGUGAGCACCUCAGCAGCAGGGCCGGAUGAGUUUGACCGCAAUGUGCCACGUAUCUGCGGGGUCUGUGGCGACAAGGCCACUGGCUUCCACUUCAAUGCCAUGACCUGUGAGGGCUGCAAGGGCUUCUUCAGGCGCAGCAUGAAGCGCAAGGCCAGCUUCACGUGCCCCUUCAACGGCAGCUGCACUAUCACCAAGGACAACCGACGGCACUGUCAGGCCUGCCGGCUCAAGCGCUGCGUAGACAUCGGCAUGAUGAAGGAGUUCAUUUUGACAGAUGAGGAGGUACAGAGGAAGAAGGAGCUGAUCAUGAAACGUAAAGAGGAAGAGGCGUUGAGGGAGGCACAGCGGCCCAGGCUAAGUGAAGAGCAGAGCCAGGUCAUUGCCACCCUCGUGGAAGCUCAUCAUAAGACCUACGAUGACUCCUACUCUGACUUCACCCGAUUCCGGCCCCCGGUGCGAGAUGGACCGGUAACACGCAGUGCCAGCCGUGCUGCCUCUCUCCACUCACUGUCAGAUGCCUCUUCCGACUCCUUCAGCCACUCGCCAGAGUCUGUUGACACAAAGCUAAAUUUCAGCAGCCUCCUGAUGAUGUAUCAAGACAGCAGUGGUAGCCCCGAGUCCAGCGAGGAUAGUAGUUCACGCCUUUCCAUGCUGCCACAUCUAGCUGACUUAGUCAGCUACAGCAUCCAGAAGGUUAUUGGCUUUGCCAAGAUGAUACCAGGGUUUAGAGAUCUGACCGCAGAGGACCAGAUUGCGCUGCUCAAGUCCAGUGCCAUUGAAGUCAUCAUGUUACGCUCCAACCAGUCUUUCAGCCUGGAGGACAUGUCCUGGAGUUGUGGGGCUCCCGACUUCAAAUACUGCAUCAAUGAUGUUACCAAAGCUGGACACACCCUUGAGCUGUUGGAGCCACUGGUCAAGUUCCAGGUGGGACUAAAGAAGCUGAACCUCCAUGAGGAGGAACAUGUGCUACUAAUGGCUAUCUGCCUCCUGUCUCCUGACCGACCGGGAGUGCAAGACCAUGCCCGCGUGGAGUCCUUGCAGGACCGCAUGUCGGAGGUGUUGCAAGCCUAUAUCAGGGUGCACCACCCAGGUGGCCGGCUGCUCUACGCCAAGAUGAUCCAAAAGCUAGCAGAUCUGCGCAGCCUGAAUGAGGAGCACUCCAAGCAGUACCGCUCGCUGUCCUUCCAGCCUGAGCACAGCAUGCAGCUCACGCCACUGGUGCUGGAGGUGUUUGGCAGCGAGGUCUCCUAGCACCCUGUGGUUAGAAAGGGUUGGAGGCCUGACGGAGUGGUGUUGUAGUGGUGUGGUCCUACCCCUGGCCUCAGAGGUCUCAACAGAGGGGGUAAGGAUAGGGACAGAUGUUUGGGACCAGGUAGAUCGAGAGGUCAGGCUAGGGUUUUAGAAGCUUCAGAAUUAUUAAAUACAAAGAAAAGGGAAUGCUGAAAGUUUAUAUAGAUAUUUUAUUUGUAUAUAUUUAGUAUAUAUACACGCAUAUGACAUACCACACUGCUACUUAUAUUUAAGAAAGGGUUUUAGAUAAAGAAGUAGUUGGUCCCCUCUCAAUAGUGGGGUUUUUCAGCGUACCCUACCCUGUCCGUUUGUGUUUGCGUGCUUCACAAGAGAUGCAUUUAUGAGCAGGACCCAGAGCGAGCUGGCAUAAAUGCACGUGCGGCUGGCUAUAAAUAGGGUUCUGAGUGGCCUUCUAUUUUUGAUGUUUGUAUAUGAGGAUAUUUAAUGAACACUGGCCAGCAUUGCAUGGGCUGACAGAGGAGCUGGUCUGUCCCAGCCGUGUGGUGGCUGUUUGUGUCGGAAGAGAUCCAGCCCGCGGGUGUGACUGGUGCAGUUGCUCUGGUGUUUUUCAGAAGGCGCCGUCUUCAUGCCAGGCUGUGACUUACAACCAAGGAGUUCUGAUGUGGUCAGGACUGACUUUUGGGGGGGCAGUGUGAACAGGGUGGCAGCACGGUGUUUCUCACAGUACACACAAGUGCAUGGCAGCAAAGCAACUGACUGAGCUGGAGCAUGGGCUUGACAUGGACAGGAAUGCAGCUGCUAUAAUGCACUUAUGUUUCAGUAUAAAUGAGCAAUUUAUCACAGGCAAAUUGUAUCAGUCCAUUAUGUAAGCUUAAAUAAUUCAGACCGAUAAUAAUGCUUUGAGCACCCAAAGCAGUGCUGUUCUGCUUUGCCAGUGUACCUUCUUAUUUCCCGUAAAAUAUUCAGUGUUUUCUGUCAGUGCAACAGUGUUUUGAAGGCCAGCUUUGCUCUGAUGCGUUGAACAUUUUUCUAAAUCUUGUCCUAGUGAGACUCCAGUGUUAAUCAAUUUCGGAGCCGGAGGACUUGUUUUGAAACGAGCCUUUCUGCCUCGUGUUGGUUAGUCCUGCCCUCUUGUGCUUACUUUGUGUAAAUACCACUUUUUUUGUAUAUAUCCAUGGCAAAGUAGCUAUUACUGAAGUAAUUAAAUGUUAAUAUGCUCUGAAAAUAUAUGCAAAUAUAUGAACAAUUAUAUUUUUAGUUUCUCUUUUUGCUAUAACAUUUCUUAUUCGAGUAUUUCAGGCUAUGCCUUUUGGUGUGAAUGCAUAGUUUUGAAUGGUUUAUUCUUGAGGUUCUGUAACUGACGAGAGCAGUGGGGUGCAUAGAAAUGUUUUAAAUGUGUGUUUAUACUGGAAAACAGGAGAGGAAUUUACACUAAACUUGUUGCUGCUGUGUACUGAAAGCCAUAAACACGUACGUAUGGAAGAUUAAAGAAUCACGCUGUACUUUCUUGGUAGUAUUGUCUCAGAGACAAAAUGAAAAGUCACCAGAUUAGUUGAUUGUCCUUGUCACAGCAGUGUGUGUUAAUGUAAUGAAGACUGCGGUGGUCCUAGGUCCUACAGGACAGCCUACCGCAGUUGUGCUACUGGCCAGUCCCAUAAAUCCCUUUCUCAUUAAAUGAGUUUUUCCAUCCCGGUGGCCCUGAUCUUUGUGUGUCGGUGUGGGUGUCGUACUGAUGAAGCUCACCAGGGAAUGCUGUGGGAAAAAAAACUGAAAUACUACGUUUGUAACCAGUGAGGCUUCCCGCAGAGGACUGGUACAGUGAACAUCAAGGUGGUGCUGCUGGUUGCAGUCAUUUCACAGGGUGGAAGAUCAAAGUCUCUGUGUGCGCAUAUGUGCAGAUUUACAUGGAAACUGCAUGUGGUAACCCCACCCCCCACCCGUGUGUGUGCGCAUAUGUACAGUGUGGCACCAAAAAGCUCUUGAGAACGCAGAGUAACAGCCAGUACAUGAUUAGCAAAAUGGAAAACCAGCAGUGGCUCUUCCUGCUCUUUCCACAACUGGUAUCCUGAGCUCUUUUUGUAGCUCUCCAAGUGCCAAAGUGGAGCUCUGAUCUUGGUUGUGGCCAACAGUUACUGGUCAAGUGUGUUCAUUUACCUAUCUAGGGCUGUAAUCCAAAGUGGCUCACAGAAAUACAUCUUUAAAGUUAUUACAGAUGUUUUUUUCUUUUUCAUGAAUAUAACAUAGCUCAAUAUGUUUGCUAGUACAGUUCUGGUUAAACUGGCUUGAAUUUGGAUUUGAACCACCAGCCUUUUUGGGCACAAGUACAGCCUUUUGCUGCUCAGUCAUGCUGCUUAAAAGAGCAUGACGAGUAUCUGAGCUGCCCUGUGGUUUUUCCGUGUGGUUGUCUUCAAACUUACGAAGCAACUGGUCACCACCUCACUUGUACAGGAACUAAGCAGCUAGUUUAAAAAAAAAAAAA